AUACAGACCCGUUACGCGCAGCUAAUACAUGUAAAGUGCAGCGCAAGCGCCGGCCUGGAUGCACCGCGUGACGACAGUCGCCUACACGUGCCGCCGAGUCAGCGCAACGUGCCUUCAAAUCCGGGAAUUGCGCGACACAUCGCGCAAUACUCACUUUUGGUUCUAACAUCGACCAUUAGACUUCAUUUUAGUUUUAUGUUGUAAUUUUAUUUCAUUUAAUAAAUUAGUUAAAUAAAUUUUGGUUUUUUUUAAAGUCUUCGGCUGCAGUAAACUUAACUGGCGCAGUCGGUAGGAUCUCGAGUCAGUUCGUGCGCGACAAGAUUUCCGCUAUAUCCCGGUUCGAGUCCCGCGUGACUGACUGGCAUUCCAGCCCUCAUCGAGAUCGUCGAAUCUACGGAAUCUGCAGCCCGGAGGUGUAUCCGAACAUUGAUACAGCAGAAAAACCAAGAUAUGUAUAUGAUCCUCCUGACCAUCACCCUUCAUCUGACCAUGGCACAAGACGUGACGCUUAAUACCCUCGACAAUGGACCAGGUAUCCUACCUUUCAAACUUGGACCCACUAAAAUGAUCACUCACUACCACUCCUUCCUGUACUACAUUGACUUAGACAGGAUUUCUCUAACAAUAAACUCAGUUAAAUCCCAAAUUGAUUCAUUUAGAUCCGAUCUUAAUAAUAAAACGGCUUCUUUAUACGAACCCCACAUCUCGCAUCUUUAUAAUAAAAUAGAAAUGUUACUCGAACAAAUUCAUAGCUUCCAACACACCCGUAGCAGGAGAGGUUUAGUAGAUGGUCUCGGUUCAAUUAUUAAGAGUGUCUCGGGUAACCUCGACUACACAGACGCUAUAAAGUAUGAUAAUGCAAUUAAAGUACUACAAAAUAAUGAAAAACAAUUAGAAACUGAACUAAAUGAACACAUAAGUCUAGGGAAGGAAUGGAUAGCUAAACACUCAAUAGUACUAGACAGUAUAGUCAAAAAUCAGAAUAGGUUAGCUAAUUCCAUUGAUCAUAUUUUAAAUUCAGAUGCAAGUAGAGAUUAUGAUAUGAUUAAGUAUGCCCAUCUAGCUCAAUAUCUUAUUAUUAUAUCAGACAAUACGGAUAAUUUAUAUGAAGAGAUCCAUAAUCUCGAAAAUAUGGUAGCCUUCAUUCAAAGUAAAACUACAGCUCACUAUAUGAUUAAUAUUAGCACGUUAAAUAGUACUAUAAGUAGAUUAAGACAGCUCUAUUCUGAAGAGCAGAUAAUUAACAUUGAUUUAAGGGAAUAUUAUGAGAUAAUUAAGACGGGAUCAUAUUAUGUAGGUAAUAAAUUAGCUAUAGUUUUCAUGGUACCGAUUGCUUCCCCUCUCACCUAUACACUUUACAAGUUAUCCAUCGCUCCUAAUAAACAAAAUCAAAUACUUGUCCCUAUCCAGCCCUAUGUAGCAAUUCAGGAAACUGAUUCUAUGUACAUAGCGACAGAAUGUCCGAAGGUCAACACUUGGUACAUAUGCAAAGAAGAGCUGCAACAAAAGAUUCGAGACAAUGAAGAUUGUAUCCAGCAUCUCAUCAUGGACCAGUCAAUCAGUUCAUCUUGUCAAUUCAUUCAUGCAAACCUUACCAGCUCAGCCCUCGAGAAGCUAGACGAUCAACACUAUACUAUCAGCCUGCCAACCACAACCAGACUACAUAUAUCCUGUAGACAAGAGUAUUACAAGAAUCUCCAAGGAACCUAUCUAGUGUCCGUCCCGCCUAGUUGUAUGUUGAAAACGUUGGACUUUGUUAUCUCAAACGUUCAGAAUCGUAUUAAAGGACACGCUGUACAAAUAGCGGAACUACCAACUGAGGAGCUCGCCACAUCAAAGCUUCAGCCAACUGUAAGACUAAACUCCAUCAAUUUAGAACAUCUACAUGAGACGAACGCUAAGAUAUCGCUACAGCAUCCUGCGACAUUACAGAAAAACGAUCUGAGCAGCCUCUACCAUACCACUAUACCUUCAUAUACGUUAUUAUUUGGAACAUUCAUAUUCGCCCUCAUCCUGACAUUAUACUGGAAACUCCGUCGCAGAAGUUCAAAAUCAAAGGAUGAAGAUAUCCCGAAGGCUGAUUAUCCCGAUGGACAUUAUUCCCGUAUCCAAGACAUCAAGCCUAAAGAUGUGAAAAUCGACAUCAGCAACAUUCCGGCAAUAUCCUCAGUAAGACCUACGGAUAGUUGCCGAUCUGCGGGGGGAGGCGUUACGCGCAGCUAAUACAUGUAAAGUGCAGCGCAAGCGCCGGCCUGGAUGCACCGCGUGACGACAGUCGCCUACACGUGCCGCCGAGUCAGCGCAACGUGCCUUCAAAUCCGGGAAUUGCGCGACACAUCGCGCAAUACUCACUUUUGGUUCUAACAUCGACCAUUAGACUUCAUUUUAGUUUUAUGUUGUAAUUUUAUUUCAUUUAAUAAAUUAGUUAAAUAAA